AUGCUUUCCACCUCCAUCCCAGCUGUACCACCACUUGCUGAGCGCCUCUUUGUCUUUGACUUUGACUGGACUUUGAUCGAUGCCGACUCUGACAACUGGGUCUUUGAGAAUUUAAGCAAAGAGCUCUACCAACAACAGUUGGAUGCCGUCGGAAAGGUCCAGUGGACCGAUCUUCAACAGCGUCUUUUGGGAGAGUUAUUCGAUCGCGGUGUGUUUAGAGGAGACAUCGAGAGGACUCUUAGCCAGAUCCCUUUUGCUCCUGAAAUGAUCGAGGCCCUGCGACUGAUGAAGUCUCAGGGUGCGGAGCUGUACAUUCUCUCUGAUGCCAAUACGGUGUACAUCGAGACCGUUCUUAAGGCAUAUAAUAUUGAUCAACUGUUUACAAAGGUCAUUACGAACCCUGCAGCUUUUGACGAAAGAGGUCGUCUGGAUGUCAUCCGAUUUCAUGGUCUGGAUAAGGAGCCCCACAACUGCCCCUUGCCCUGCCAACCCAACCUCUGCAAGGGCCGCGAGAUCCAAAAGCUGAUCGACGCCCAAUCCUGGAAACAAGUGAUCUACAUGGGUGAUUCGACCAAUGAUUUUUGCCCCUCUACGCGUCUUCAGAGUAAGGACGUUGUACUUGCCCGUCGAGGCCUCUUGCUGGAGAAAGAGAUCAAGGAGAAUCCACAGCUAGUCAAGACUCAUGUUAUGUACUGGAACGAUGCAAGAGAUGUCCUUGAAGCAACACAGUUGAUCCUUAGUUCAAACCCAUUGUUACCUACAGCCGUAACAUCGACCAAGCCUGCAGAAAUUCUUUCGCCUAUGGAAACCUCAGACUCCAAGAUGCACGCGCAAGCAGUGAGAGCAUAA